UUUUUUGGGGGGGGGGGCGCCGGAGACAGAAAUGUCACCGUCUGCUAUAAAUAAUCCCCUCAGCAUCAGUGUCGGCCGACCCGACCCGCACUGCUCAUUGCCAUUCUCUCUGAAGACAGCCACUGUCGCGUCGGGAACCUCUGCGCGACUCGGGCGCAGUAUUCCUGCCAUUUCCACGACUGGACCCCCAACCUGACUGACAUCACUGCGUCUGGCGAUAUAGAUAGAUCCGUAGCACCUCCUCCUUCCUCCUCCCAUCAAUUCGGAGCAGCCCGUGUGUGUGUGUGUGUGUGUGUGUGUGUGUGUGUGUGUGGAGUCGGUGGCACUUAAUCACAGCGCGCACCAAGGCAGGAGGCGGGCCGUCGGGCGUGAACGAAAUAGUAACGGAGGAGCCGGAGAGGCAGCAUACGUGUGGGACAGCGCAGGCAGAGGAGCUAUCCGCACGCAGGACCGCUCUUGGUUGGGUUUUUUUUUUAACCUCCCGCUCCUGUGUCCUCCGCUGUAUCCAGCGCCACAGCUCCGUCCCCCAGAUCCCAGGUCCGGUCUCUUCCCACCGCGUCCGACUCGUUCGCCGCCAGGGCUUCGUUGGAGAUGUCCAAAAAGAGACCAGCCGAGCCGGAGUCCCGGGUGAAACAGCAAGCCGCUCUGGGCAACGCCAUGACUCGCCUCCCCUGCUUCUCGCCGGAGUCUGUGGAAUGAAGACGGCUUAAGGUCUGAGGUCCGAGCAGGAGCGCAAAGAUGUCGGUGCCUUUGCUGAAGAUCGGCGUUGUGCUCAGCACCAUGGCGAUGAUCACCAACUGGAUGUCGCAGACCCUCCCCUCUCUGGUGGGGCUCAAUACUACCAAGCUCACGGCGGCACAGGGCGGAUAUCUAGACCGGAGCACCGGAGUGUUGCCAGCAAACCCGGAGGAGUCAUGGCAGGUGUACAGUUCAGCCCAGGAUAGCGAGGGAAGGUGUGUCUGCACUGUGGUGGCGCCCCAGCAGUCCAUGUGCUCACGGGACGCCCGCACCAAACAACUGAGGCAGCUGUUGGAGAAGGUCCAGAACAUGACCCAGUCCAUCCAGGUGCUGGACCAGCGGACCCAGAGGGACCUGCAGUACGUGGAAAAGAUGGAGGUCCAGCUCCGAGGUCUGGAGACCAAGUUCAGGCAGGUGGAGGAGAACCACAAGCAGAACAUCGCCAGGCAAUACAAGGCCAUAAAAGCGAAAAUGGAGGAGCUUAGGCCGUUGAUACCAGUGUUGGAGGAGUACAAAGCCGAUGCCAAAUUGGUAUUGCAGUUUAAGGAGGAGGUCCAGAAUCUGACGUCAGUUCUAAGCGAACUUCAGGAGGAGAUGGGGGCCUAUGACUACGAGGAGCUCCACAACAGAGUGUCAAAUCUUGAGGAGAGACUCCGAGCAUGCAUGCAAAAAUUAGCGUGCGGCAAACUGACGGGCAUCAGUGAUCCCAUCACCAUCAAGACGUCCGGAUCCAGGUUCGGUUCCUGGAUGACCGACCCUCUGGCCCCUGAGGGAGAUACUCGGGUCUGGUACAUGGAUGGUUACCACAACAACCGCUUUGUGCGGGAGUACAAGUCCAUGCAGGACUUCAUGAUGUCGGACAACUUCACCUCCCACCGGCUGCCCCACCCGUGGUCCGGCACAGGUCAGGUGGUCUACAAUGGCUCCAUCUACUUCAACAAAUUCCAGAGCCACGUCAUCAUCAAGUUCGACUUCCGCACCUCCUCCAUCAGCAAGUCCCGGCAGCUCGACUACGCCGGCUUCAACAACGCGUAUCACUAUGCCUGGGGCGGCCACUCUGACAUCGACCUAAUGGUGGACGAGGGGGGCCUGUGGGCCGUCUACGCCACCAACCAGAACGCCGGCAACAUUGUCAUCAGCAAGCUCAACCCCAACACGCUGCAGAUCGUCAAGAGCUGGACCACCAACCACCCCAAGAGGAGUGCCGGCGAGUCUUUCAUGAUCUGCGGCACGCUCUACGUCACCAACGGCUACUCAGGAGGCACCAAGGUCUAUUACGCCUACUCGACCAACUCCUCUACCUAUGAGUACAUUGACAUUGCCUUCCAGAAUAAGUACUCGCAUAUCUCCAUGCUGGACUACAACCCGCGUGACCGCGCUCUCUACGCCUGGAACAAUGGCCACCAGGUGCUUUACAAUGUCACACUGUUCCACGUUAUCCGCUCAGAAGAACUGUAACUGGAUGGAUUACAUUCAUCGAUACAUAUUGUCUAUGUAGAGACCUCCCUAUAUAAGAAAAUAUAUCUGCGAAAGAAAAAGACUAACGGCAAGACCAUUCAAUUUAUAAUCAAACAACGUUUACCGAGAGACUGAAUCAACAGUGGACGCAACGUGGAUUGAAUGUGCAUAUACAUGACACUGAAAAAAAAAAAUCUAAAAUUAAAGGGUUUCAUUCCAAAAUGUCAGAGAAAAAAAACCUUUAUAAAUUCAUAUCACAGCCAGGAAUGACAGAUAAAAACAGAAAUGUAAAUUAAAAAAAAAAAGACUUAAAAAGAUACCCAUAGUAGACUUUAUUUUAAUAGCUGCCAUCCUUUUGUUAGAGGCAUUUUAUUUUGGAAUGAAACUCUUUAACUGUUUGCCGCAUAGAAACUGAUUGUAAAACGUAGACUACAGUAUAUAUGAGAUAUAAGAGAAUAAGAACAGAUGCCAAAAAAAGAAAAUGAACAUCACGCCUUUUUUUUUUUAAUAUAGCGUAGUAUCAAGUUCAUUCCCGUGGCUCCGGUAUUUCUGCAGAAAUACCCCCCAGCUGAACUUCUUUCUUUUGGUCACAAGGGGUCCUGAGACAAUGACUGUUGGUAAUAAACUGAAGGACCCCCAGGACGAGACAGAAAGAUGGGAGGUCCGUCUAGUCAGAAGACCUUAUAGCCUAACGGGUGCGGUCUGCCAUAUCGUUUUUAUCACGUACAGUAGCAAAUUUAAAAAAGUCUGUAGACAAACAGCAAACAACAAUAACAACACCCACUAAAAGACCUGAAGGCACUGACUGUUGACAGCGCUGUUCUUUAAGAUGAUUUUCCUGUGUUAGUGACAAUGUGUGAAAAAGGCUUUCUUUGCAUGAGUGUUUUCUACCACUCCGGUAUGCUCUACUGAAUGUCUUUUGUUGUGUGAUACUGUAAAAAAAAAAAAGAAGGAGGGUAGGGUGGGAGGGGGAACAAUGGGUACGAUACCUUUGGGAUUUGCAAAGAUAUUUGCUUGUUUUGUUUUUUUUCUUUCUUGCUUCUUUAUACUCCGUUCCUGUCUUUUCUAUUUCUUUGCAAUCGUUUUAUUAUUCAAAUGUUCUUGUAUCACUGUAAUUGUUAGCACCGGCUUUGCCUCUCUGUAUUUGUUUAUUUGGGCUGUGUGGGAGGAAUCUAUCAAACCGAAGAAUAUAUCACUCUGAAGGAAAAAGAAAAAAAAAACAACAACAACAAAAAAACAAACAGAUUGUAAUAAGUAUUGUAUGCGGGGAACCUGGUCCUCCUAUCUUCAAUUCACAUCAUGCGCCUGUCGUAGGGAGAGGUUUUUUGUUUUUUUUAGGAGGAUUAUCCUGUCAUGUACCCCGCCUCCCCUUCCACUGCUAGUGAAGGAUAAUGCUGUUUAAAUGUAUACCCGUGCUGAGGACAAAAGCUUCCCACUCUUUUUGCGCUUUGCUGGACAUGUGUUGUAUCUGAGAUAAGAUAGUUAAUGAUUCGUGUCAAUAAAACGGAGAAAUCUGA